AUAUCUCAUAAGCCUUAUAUGAAUCAUCUAUUACAUCAACAGAUUCAUCAUAUAUAGUCUACAAUGCCAAGAGUGAUAGUCACUUGGAUCCACUUAUGAUGAAGCAAAUUUUGGAUUCUAACUUCAACAACUACAAACUUCUCACGUUGCAAUAAUCAAUGGCAUUGAGUCAAUUCCAGGCAAUGCUUCAUUGAUUCUUCAUGGUUACUGUGAUAAUGACAAUGCACCUUAUAAGCAGGUAUAUGGAGUAACAGGAAAAAGAGUGAGGGAGGACAAGAAAAGAUGAUGAUAAUAAGAAUAAGUAGGGAAUAUUGCAAAAUAAGAAGUUCAGGAGAGAUCAUGGAACAAAAGAUGGUCAUUGAGAAUAAGAUAAGAAAGGAUAAGAAUUAUGGAAUAAGAAAAGAUGAGGGUGAUGAGAACAAAACCAGGAAAGAUAUGUAUUUAAGAAUAAGAAAACAUGAGGAUAAUGAGACUAGUAUCAAGAUAGAUAAGAAGUGGGGAAUAAAAGUUGGGGAUAAUGAGGAUAAAGAAGACCAAAUGGAGUCUCAUCUUUCUAAUACUCAAUCUCCCAAUGCAAUAUGCAGCUCUACAAGAGGAAAAACUGGACAAAGUCGUCGAUGAGUACCUGCAUGAACUUUGGGGGACACAGCUCCAAGUCAAAGAUGUUUCUGCAUUAGUGGCCCGAGUUGCCAGCAUGCCUAUGCUUGUGCAGCCUGAGAGAGAGGAAAUACUGGAUUGUUUGUGUCCUUUUUGAUUUGUGACAGUGCAAUUGUUAGGCAAAAAUUGAUUGGUGAAUAGAUAAAGAGAUAGAUAGAUAGUUAGAUAGAUAGACAGAUAGAUAGAUUGAUAAUAUGAUGUAAUAAUAGAUAAGUAGACAGACAGAUGUUACCUAUUUAGCAGAAAAAUAUAAAUACA